GACCACUGACAGCAUACGUCAACAUGACAUGACAACUUUUGUUCACCGCGAUUGUUUCUAAUUUUUCUCAGCGUUUUGAAUAUAAAAACGAUUUCCAAUGGCGGUUCCUGAUUAUAAACUAAGUGCUGUAUUAUGCGGCCACUCACUGGAUGUACGAUGUGUUGCGAAGACUAAAGAAUUCUGUAUAUUAUCAGCAUCACGCGACAGAACUGCGAAACUGUGGCAUCCUGAGGGGGUAAAAGACUUUGUGAACGUGGUGACGUACAAAGGGCAUAGGAAUUUUGUUUCGUGUGUUUGUUGGUUGCCUCCUUGUGAAGCGUACCCUGACGGGCUAGUGGUGACCGGCAGUAACGAUAACACGAUACUAGGAUAUAACCUACAGGACGGGGCAACACAAGUCACGUUAGAGGGACACGAGAAUGCGGUGUGUAGUGUUACACCAGGCAGAGAUUCUGGCAUACUGUUGAGUUCCAGUUGGGAUAGUACGGCUCGAGUAUGGAACAUCAACGCAGCCCGCAAUGCUCCGUUAAUCCUCAAAGGUCAUCAGGCAGCAGUAUGGGCGGCCGUGGAACUCUUCAGCAAUACCUAUGCUACUGCAUCAGCUGACAAAACUAUCAAACUAUGGAUGAAAGAUGGCAGUAUCAUUACUACACUCACAGGUCACACUGAUUGUGUGAGAGAUAUAGCAGUGGCCAGCCCUGAGACAUUCCUCAGCUGUUCUAAUGAUGCCUCCAUCAAGCUUUGGACGAACAAGGGACAAUGUCUGAACACAUUUUAUGGACACUCUAACUAUAUCUACAGUAUCAGCAUGAACCCGGGCGUGGCGCAGGGCUUCGCGUCGUGCGGCGAGGACGGCUGCGUGCGGCUGUGGGCCGGCAGCGACUGCGUGCGCGACAUCCGCCUGCCCGUGCAGUCCGUCUGGAGCAUCACCUGCCUCGACAACGGGGACAUCGUUACUGGCUCAAGUGAUGGAGUGGUGCGAGUGUUCACAAAGGAUCCCGCUAGAUACGCAGAUGAAAACACUCUUAAAUUGUUCGAAGAAGAAGUCGCUAAAAUGCAGGCAGCAUCUCAACAAGAAAUUGGCGGAUUCAAGCUUUCGGAACUACCAGGCCCCGAGGUCCUGCUGGAGCCGGGCAAGGCGGACGGGCAGACCAAGCUGGUCCGGCGCGGGACCAACGUCAAGUGCUACUCGUGGAGCGCGGCCGACUGCAGCUGGAACGAGGUCGGCGACGUCAUGGGCGCGCCGCCCUCCAGCGAGGGGAAGACCAUGUUCCAGGGGAAGGAAUACGACUUCGUGUUCAGCGUGGACAUCAAAGACGGAGCGCCACCGAUAAAGCUUCCAUUCAACAAGACUGAGGACCCUUGGGUCGCCGCUCAAGCGUUUAUACACAAACACAAUUUACCACAAGUAUACUUGGAACAGGUUGCAAACUUUAUCAUUACCAAUGCCAAAUUAGAUUCAGAACCAGUCUCCAGCAAUGGUUUCGCGGACCCGUUCACGGGCGAGUCCCGCUACGUGCCCGGGUCCGGCGGGCCGCCCCCCGCGCCGCCCGCGCUGGCGGACCCCUUCACGGGCUCGGGCGCGUACACUACGUCCACAACCACCACCUCCUCCAACGAGAAGAUGCUCAUACCACACGAUGCUUAUAUCAGAUUCGACCAAGCCAAUUUGAAGGCUAUUUUCGACAAACUUAAAGAGUUCAACAGUAAAGUGGGCGACGGUUUGAGCGCCAUGACGGAAGAGCAACUGGAAUCAGUAGUCAAAUUGGGUGAACUGAAUAAUACAUAUAACAACGAAACUAUUUCGACACUGAAGAAAAUGUUAGGAUGGCCAAAAGAAAUACUGUUCCCAGUGUUAGACGUCACAAGAUUAGCCGUUAGGAAUAAAGAAAUAAACGCACAAAUAUUCGACACUACGUACGGACCAUCGUUCAUCAAAUAUCUACUGUCUUUGUUGACCCCAGAUAAUCUCCCAGCAAACCAGAUGUUAGCGAUGCGUGUGUUAGUGAACGCGUUCAGCGACCUCCCGGGCGAGAUGCUGGUGUUGGCCGCCAGGGAGAGCGUCUUGCACUCCAUCAUAUGCUUCACACAGCUCUCUACUAAUGCACAGAUUGCGGCGACAUCUUUGCUGUUGAACCUGUCAGUUGCCCUUGCACAGCAGCCGGACAGCGUGGACCUCGCCGACUGCCUCGUGCAGCUGUUCAGUAAGAUUACUGAUAACGAAGCGUAUUUCAGAGGUCUCGUAGCCCUCGGAACGCUUCUAAUGGAAUCUCCAUCCAAGCUACAAAUACAGACCCGAGUGAUCUCCAACGCCCAGCUUCACAACCGGUUGAAAAAGGACAGCGGUGUCACAACAGACCCCAACUACGCCAAAAUAGCCACACUCUCCCAACAAAUUAUUAGACUUUUAUGAACAAAACAUAAACUACUCGAUAUCGAUAAGGCUGUUAUUUAUAUUGUUAGAGUAAAAAGAUCAUUUUUGUAUGUUCAUUAUGAAAGCGCACUGGACUUGAGGUGAUCUCGGUUUUCAUUUGGCGUUUUAUUUUAAAUUAGAUUCGAACUGUGCUUGUUGUGUUGGGACAGUGCGAUGAGGGUCACAAAUAAACGGAGACAAUACGUAACUGGAAUAUUCGCUGCCAUCUUGCGCAUUCAAGUGUCCUUUUCAUUCCUAAAGAGAAAAAGAACGGUUGAUUCAACGGACAGCUGAUUUUGAAGUCCACAAAACUUGGCUAUUGUUAACACUGCCAAUUUAAUUUUGAUCCUUAUUGCACUAAACAUAAAACUCAAGCUGCUUUCUAGUGCAUAAUGUAGCAUAAAUUCUCACUAUCUUAUUCAUAAAACUUAUUUAAACCUUUUAAAUAUUGUCCUUCCAAAGGCUUGUAGAGCGUGCUAGUUAUACACAAAUACCUUACGUUAUGAAAGAGAUAGUGCUAUUUGUUCAUAUAGCGUUAUCUCUCUCUUAAAGUAUCACUGCUAAUAUGUUACAGAAGGGUUUUUAAAUUGUGAAUAAGAUUGUACGAAAUAAAGAUAUGGAUUACAUUGAAAUGUUGACAGUUUGUCCUUAGGGAGUCUAUUUUUAAAGAUGGUUGAAUAAAACGCGAUAAUAAAUGAAAUGUAUGUGUAUUUCAUGUGUAAUGUUAUGGCAACACUACAAUAACUUGCUACCCGUCAUCAAUGGAAGCAUAGUUUUAUAUCAGACACUUGCAGCAAUAAUAAAUUGUAUAAAA